ACCUAGUUAAUAAGUAACAGUCUCCUUGCCUCUCUCUCGUCCCGCACUAGGCCGAGAAAGGAGAAAUAACCGAGUUUAGAGCUCAAAGUUAGUAUAAGCGAAGCCCAGACGCCAUCCUUGGGUCUAGAUGGCGGGGAGAAGACAUUGCUGUGCGGUUAGAAGCUUUGGAAAAUGAGGACCCGGGAGAAGUGAAAAGCGCGUUUCUGGGAGUUGUAGUUCGAAAGCUUCCUGUGCUUAACCACGCCCCCGACCCCCAGGGAGCGGAGCACGAGGAUGUUGCGCGCGCGGUUUCCUGACUUCCAAGGACGCUUCGCUCAGGAUUCGGCUGUUUGCGGUCUGGCUUGGGUUCUAAACCCAGGCACUAGUGCCCCUUAGAAGAACUUGAAACUGCUUAACCCAAGUGAAGGGGAUUGGCUCCCUGGUGGAAAUGCAGAUUUGAAAUUCAUGGGGAGAGUCUCCUAUACAAACCUCUAAACAAGGUGAUGGCCACUCUCUUGAGCCCCCAACUCCUGACUCCACAUGAACAAGACUGGGUCCUGAGAAUUGAUGUACCUUGGAGGCAAGAUACAAUCUUAGGAAGAGAUAAAUCAGACCUUGAGGCUGCUCGACAGAAUUUUAGGUGGUAUCAAUACCCAGAAGUGGCUGGACCCCAAGAAGCCCUAAUCCAGCUCCGAGAGCUUUGCUUUCAGUGGCUAAGGCCAGAGAUUCACACAAAGGAACAGAUCCUGGAGCUACUGGUGCUAGAACAAUUUUUGACCAUCCUGCCUGGAGACAUCAGGAUUUGGGUAAAGUCUCAGAAUCCCACAAAUAGCAAAGAGGUGGUAAGCCUGGUGGAGGACUUGAUCCAAACAACUGAGGAGAAAGUGGAUUCAUGCCAUCUCUCCAUAAAGAAGUGACUGAAAUUUAGACUUGAGAAAUAAUGCCUUACAUAUUUAAGGAGAAUGAUCUUCAGACUGAGAGGAAUAAAACAAAAAUGGUCAACAAGUUAAAACUGAAGAUAAAUACAAGAGAUGAUAGGAGAACACCUAGAUACUCUCACUAUUAAUCCUCAGGACUCUAGUCUUCUUCAGGUGGUGGAAAGAGAAAAAGAGAGAAUGGCUCCUGAACUCCUGACUUGGAGAUCCCAGGAAACUGUGACAUUCAAGGAUGUGGCUGUGGAUUUCACCCAGGAAGAGUGGGGGCAGUUGGAUUCAGAUCAGAGGAACCUAUACCUAGCUGUCAUGCUAGAGAACUACAGGAACCUAGUUUUUCUGGGGCUUCCAGUUUCCAAACCAGAAUUAAUUUCCCAUAUGGCUGAAGGAGAAGAGGCAAGAAUCCUGGACAGAAAAUUUUUAAAAGAUUGGAACAUUGGGACUGAAAGCAAAGGGUCAAUGCCUAAUCAAGCCAUCUCUAUUGAAGACUCAUUUUUGGAAAGACUUAAAAUGGUUGGUCUUAAGGAUUCCCAAGGACAAGAUUGGGAAUGUAAUGUCAUGAUAAAGAUGCAGCAGCAUAAUUGGGAGAGACAUUCUGAGAAACUAACAGUCUCCAAAAGAAAAACUUUUGAUAUAUUAAGAGAUAAUGGAUGUAAUAAAUUUGAAAGAAGUCAUAAGCUGGGGUCAUUCUCUGUUCCACAAAGAACAGAUGCUAUAGAAAAGAGACACCAUAAAUAUGAUACACAUGAUAUGGUCUGCAGUGAGUUUUCAGAGGUUCUUAAAUAUAAUCCAGUUCCCUCAGGGAAGAAAACUUGCAAGAGUAAUGAAUGUCAAGAAGCUUCUAGUGAUUGCUCAGAUUUAAUGCCAUAUCAUGGUUUACAUAAUGGGGAAAAAGUGUACAAAUAUAAUGAAUCUGGAAAGGCCUGUAGUGAAAGUAUUCACAUUACCCAACAUCAGGGAAUUCAUCCUGAAGAGAAACGCUAUAAAUGUAAUCAAUGUGGCAAAACCUUUAGCAGGAGCACAUUCCUUACUCAACAUCAAAGUAUUCAUACUGGGGAGAAACACUAUAAGUGUAAUGAAUGUAGUAAAGCCUUUAGUCAGAGAACACACCUUGUUCAGCAUCAAAGAAUCCACACUGGAGAGAGACCCUAUGAAUGUAAUGAUUGUGGAAAAGCAUUUAGCCAGAGAUCCCAUCUUGUUCAGCAUCAGAGAAGCCAUACUGGGGAAAAACCUUAUGAUUGUAAUGAAUGUGGGAAAGCCUUCAGGGAUAGCUCAUCUCUUAUUCGACAUCAGAUCAUCCAUACUGGAGAAAAAACAUAUACAUGCCUUGAAUGUGGAAAGGCUUUCAGUCAGAGCUCAACCCUUACACAACAUCAGAGAAUUCAUACUGGAGAAAAGCCCUAUGAGUGUAAAACAUGUGGGAAAGCCUUUAGUCACAGUUCAUCCCUUAGUCAACAUCAGAGGAUCCACACUGGAGAGAAACCUUUUGAGUGCAAUGAAUGUGGAAAAGCCUUCAGUAACAGCUCAUCCUUUAUUAAACAUCAGAGAAUUCAUACUGGAGAGAAACGUUAUAAAUGUAGUGAAUGUGGAAAAGCCUUCAGCCAGAGCACACAUGUUAUUCAGCAUCAAAGAAUCCAUACAGGAGAGAAACCCUAUGAAUGUAAUCAAUGUGGAAAAGCCUUCAGUGAAAACUCAUCUCUUACUCGACAUCAAAUAAUCCAUUCUGGAGAAAAACCACAUGAAUGCAAUGAAUGUGGAAAAACAUUUCGGCACAGCUCAUCUCUUAGUCAACAUCAGAGAAUCCAUACUGGAGAGAAACCCUAUGAGUGUAAUACAUGUCAGAAAACAUUCAGUUGCAGAUCAUCACUCUGUAAACAUAAGAGACUUCAUAUUGGAGAGAAAUUUACGUAAUUUUGUAAAUAAAAUGUCAAGAACUUAUCUUUAAACACCUGAGGAUUCAUAUUGAAAUGAAAGUUUCCAAAUAUUGGUUACUAUAUUUACUUGUAAAGUAUAUAUUGUUUGUUCUUUUAUGUUUUUUGUUUUUUUGCGGGGCAGUGAGCAUUAAGUGACUUACCUAGGGUCACACAGCUAGUAAGUGUCAAGUGCCUGAGGCCAGAUUUGAACUCAGGUCCUCCUGAAUCCAGGGCCAGUGCUUUAUCCACUGUGCCACCUAACUGCCCCUAAAGUACAUACUGUUCAUUACUUUAAUGAUCUGUAUUUUCAUCAAUGUGGGUCCCAAUCACUAAGACAGAUCAUAAGUCCUUUAUACCUCAGUAGACAAUUUGGUCGUAGGCCUUAUUGUGUUUUAUGGUCUGGCAGGACAACUCGUUCCUUCAUCAAUCAGCCUUUUUCCAUAAAAGUAUCACUUCAUAGUUUUGCCAAUUUAUUUUUUUCAAAUUUGUCCUUUUUUCUAAUUCUGUAAAGGACUCUGUGGUAUUUUAGUUGCUAUUGGGUCAAAUCUAAUAAUAAAUCUAAAUCAUUUAACUACUGAAUAUUGACCCUUUUGUUAUAUUUAUUCAUCAGAUUCUUAUGGAGGGGUAUUCCUAUAUUUAGUUUGGCCAUAACAUUUAGUAAUUAAAAAAAAAAAACUCUAUUAGUGAGUUACUACCCAAGUAUUUGAUUUUUUUGCGGGGGGCGGGGCAAUGAGGGUUAAGUGACUUGCCCAGGGUCACACAGCUAGUACAUGUC